AUGGGGGCGCCAAAGGGCGCGGCCCUGCCCGGCAUGGGCGUGGCUUUGAUCGGGUGGGAGGGGCCAGGCCGCUGUGGGAGCCUCCGGGAAGAAGAUGCUCGGGCCAGCAGCCACCGCCAGCCCUGCCGCCGCUGCCGCCCGCAACCGCCGCCCCCGGGGUCCCCACUAGCGGCUGCCUCCGCCACCCACCUCCGGUCCCGCUCCUCCGGCCCCCCGCCCCGAGCAGGGUCUGGGGGGCUCGGCCCUCCAGCCGGGGGAGCAAAGAAGGGGGUCCCGACCCCCCCCCAGUGGCGCGGCCAGUCCCUGGCCUCGAUCAUUAUUUGUAUUAUUCUCCCUGCUGCUGUUCUCCUGGCCAUUGCUCCUGUAUGUUCCCGUGAUGCCGGUGGCUUCCUUUGCCCACACCAUGCCGAAGGUGAAGACCUCUUCCCCUGCCUCCCUUACCUCCCCUACCCAUGUGCCCCUGCAGAGGAAGGCGAAUACUUCCUGAAGGUGCUGAUCCCCAGCUACGCGGCAGGCUCCAUCAUUGGCAAGGGCGGGCAGACCAUCGUGCAGCUGCAGAAGGAGACAGGAGCCACCAUCAAGCUCUCUAAGUCCAAAGACUUCUAUCCGGGAACCACAGAACGAGUAUGCCUGGUACAGGGCACAGCAGAGGCCUUGAAUGCUGUGCACAGCUUUAUUGCUGAGAAGGUCCGAGAAAUCCCACAAGCAAUGACCAAGCCUGAGGUGGUCAACAUCCUUCAACCCCAAACCACGAUGAACCCCGACAGAGCCAAGCAGGCCAAGCUGAUCGUCCCCAACAGCACCGCGGGCCUGAUCAUCGGCAAGGGGGGCGCCACAGUGAAAGCCGUGAUGGAACAGUCGGGUGCCUGGGUGCAGCUGUCCCAGAAGCCAGAGGGCAUCAACCUUCAGGAGCGGGUGGUGACAGUCAGCGGCGAGCCGGAGCAGGUGCACAAGGCCGUGAGCGCCAUCGUGCAGAAGGUACAGGAAGACCCCCAGAGCAGCAGCUGCCUCAACAUCAGCUACGCCAACGUGGCCGGCCCCGUGGCCAACUCCAACCCCACCGGCUCACCGUACGCCAGCCCCGCCGACGUGCUGCCCGCCGCUGCCGCCGCCUCGGCCGCUGCCGCCUCGGGCCUGCUGGGCCCCGCGGGGCUGGCGGGCGUGGGCGCCUUCCCGGCCGCCCUGCCUGCCUUCUCAGGCACCGAUCUGCUGGCCAUCAGCACGGCGCUUAACACGUUGGCCAGUUACGGCUACAACACCAACUCCCUCGGCCUGGGCCUCAACUCGGCCGCGGCCUCCGGGGUCCUGGCCGCCGUGGCCGCUGGUGCGAACCCCGCCGCCGCCGCCGCCGCCAACCUCCUGGCGUCCUACGCGGGGGAGGCGGGGGCCGGGCCCGCCGGAGGGGCCGCCCCGCCUCCGCCCCCGCCCCCCGGAGCCCUGGGGUCCUUCGCCUUGGCCGCAGCCGCCAACGGCUACCUCGGCGCCGGGGCGGGCGGCGGGGCGGGCGGCGGGGGUGGCCCGCUGGUGGCCGCCGCAGCUGCAGCCGGGGCCGCCGGGGGCUUCCUGACGGCAGAGAAGUUGGCAGCUGAGAGUGCCAAGGAGCUGGUGGAGAUUGCGGUGCCUGAGAACCUGGUGGGGGCCAUCCUGGGCAAAGGGGGCAAGACGUUGGUGGAGUACCAGGAGCUGACAGGCGCGCGCAUCCAGAUCUCCAAGAAGGGAGAGUUCCUGCCUGGCACGCGGAACCGGCGGGUCACCAUCACGGGCAGCCCUGCGGCCACGCAAGCCGCUCAAUACCUCAUCAGCCAGCGGGUCACCUACGAGCAGGGAGUGAGGGCCUCAAACCCCCAGAAAGUGGGAUGA